CGCGCACUCCAGGUGAAAAAUCUCACUUCCCCUGCACUUAACUGUGAAUGCUUUUUUAGUUUUUUUAGCUGUAACCCACUUCACGACAUGACUGUCUGUGUAAGGCCGACUCAACAUACACUCUCUUAGCCCGAGUAAGGGAUAACUUUUGACACUUGACAUUAUUAGCACAUUGCACCGCCGAAUAUGGCAUCGUUCGGUCUACUCCAGCGGACGGCGCAGCUCCCCCUUGUAGAAGAGCGGCCAGGUUGCUCUGGUAGAUGUGUUCCUGUGGUUCAUCGAUACAGGCGGGGGGCGUGUGGCGGGCUUACCACCACCGAACGACGACGUGGGUCCCAGCAACCUCGUCAAGCGGCCUCCACCGAUAUGGUUCGCUUUGAAGAGCCAAAUAAUACUAGAGGCAGCCGAAAAGCGGCUGCAGGGCCUGCAGUAGAUAAGGUCGGCGUGUUGUUGCUCAAUCUUGGUGGACCGGAAACUCUCAGCGAUGUUAAGCCGUUUUUAUACAACCUAUUCGCGGACCCGGAUAUUAUUCGGCUACCACAAGUCGUUCAAUUCCUUCAGCCGGUCCUGGCAAUGGUCAUCUCAACUCUCCGAGCGCCAAAAAGCGCUGAGGGCUACAAGGCAAUUGGUGGUGGCAGUCCUCUACGCAAAAUUACCGACGAACAAGCGGAGGCCCUCUCAGUAGCCCUUGCAGCAAAGGGCCAGGCCGCCAACGUUUACGUUGGAAUGCGCUAUUGGCACCCAUACACGGAGGAGGCGCUGGCGCAGAUUAAGCGCGAUGGGGUUACGCGUCUCGUCAUUCUGCCGCUCUACCCGCAGUUUUCAAUCAGCACCAGCGGCUCCAGCCUGCGGCUGUUAGAGUCGCUGUUCAAAAGCGACCGCGCGCUGAAGCAGCUCCGACACACCGUCAUCCCCUCCUGGUACCAGCGGCGAGGCUACGUGUGCGCCAUGGCUGACCUCAUAGUGCAGGAGCUGGUCAAGUUCGAUGACGUGGCGGGGGUGGAGGUGUUCUUCUCCGCGCACGGGGUGCCCAAGUCGUACGUGGAGGAGGCGGGCGACCCGUACAAGGAGGAGAUGGAGGAGUGUGUACGGCUGAUCAUGCAGGAGGUACGGCAGCGGGGCUACCAGAACUCGCACACGCUGGCCUACCAGAGCCGCGUGGGGCCGGCGGAGUGGCUCAAACCCUACACGGACGACUCCAUCAGGAUGCUGGGUCGCACGGGCGUCAAGAGCAUGCUGGCGGUCCCCAUUUCCUUUGUGUCGGAGCACAUUGAGACGCUGGAGGAGAUCGACAUGGAGUACCGAGAGCUGGCGCACGAGAGCGGCAUCCGCCACUGGGGCCGCGUGCCGGCGCUCAACACCAACGCGGCGUUCAUCGAGGACCUGGCGGAGGCGGUGCUGGAGGCGCUGCCGUACGUGGGGUGCCUGGCGGGGCCGACCGACUCGCUGGUGCCGCUGGCAGCCCUGCACCCCUGGCCGGAGCCCCACCUGCUCCACCCCCACUCCCGCUCCCACCCUCGCCACCCUCGUCUCCACCCCCGCCUCCUGCACCACCCCCACCCCCGCCUCCUGCACCACCCCCGCAGGCGACCUGGAGGUGCUGCUGCAGGCAUACGAUCGGGAGCGCCGCGCGCUGCCCUCGCCGGUGGAGAUGUGGGAGUGGGGGUGGACCAAGAGCGCGGAGACGUGGAACGGGCGCAUCGCGAUGCUGGCGAUCAUUGUCAUUCUGGCGCUGGAGGCGUCGAGCGGGCAGUCCAUUCUUAAGAACCUGAUCUGGGUCGAGUGAAAAGGGGUGUUCUUAGGGGAAUGAAGAGGGUGGGAAGGGUGCGGUUUGGUUGGCUGGGGAAGGGGGUGGCAAGAAGAUGGAAGGAGGAGGCGAGGUGGCGG